AUGCAGAGAUCUGCUGGACUGGAGCUCCGAAGAGGCAGAGGAGACGGCGGCCGGCGGCCGGUGUACGGGACACUGGCGGACACCGGAGCAGGCGGCGCGCCGGGCGGCAGCCAGCGCCGCCCAAGAGCCAGGAGCGGGGAGCGCGGCGUGGAGGUGCCAGCGGGCGCGGGCGCGACGAGGCUGGAGCCCCUGUGGCGAGCCGAGCCGAGCGCAGCGGGGACGGGGACCCAGGGCCGCGGCGGCGGCGGCGGCGGCGGCGGCGGGAGGACGAUGGCAGUGCCCGCCGGGGCCGAGGCAGUGAUUGCAGCCCCAGCCCGCAGGCGCUGGCUGUGGUCGGUGCUGGCGGCGGCGCUCGGGCUGUUGACCACGGGCACAUCGGCCUUGGAGGUAUAUACCCCAAAAGAAAUCUUCGUGGCAAAUGGGACACAAGGGAAGCUGACUUGCAAGUUCAAGUCUACUAAUACCACCGGCACGUUGACCUCAGUCUCCUGGAGCUUCCAGCCAGAGGGGACCGACACCACUGUGUCGUUUUUCCACUACUCGCAAGGGCAGGUGUAUCCUGGGAAUUACCCACCGUUUAAGGACAGAAUCAGCUGGGCUGGAGACCUCGACAAGAAAGAUGCGUCAAUCAACAUAGAAAAUAUGCAGUUUAUACACAACGGCACCUAUAUUUGUGAUGUCAAGAACCCUCCUGACAUUGUUGUCCAGCCAGGACACAUUAGGCUCUAUGUUGUAGAGAAAGAGAUCUUGCCCGUGUUUCCAGUUUGGGUGGUGGUGGGUAUAGUUACUGCCGUGGUCCUAGGGCUCACUCUGCUCAUCAGCAUGAUCCUGGCUGUCCUCUAUAGAAGGAGAAACUCUAAACGAGACUACACUGGCUGCAGUACAUCAGAGAGUGUCUCACCGGUUAAGCAGGCUCCCCGGAAGUCCCCCUGCGACACAGAGGGUCUAGUAAAGAGCCUGCCUUCUGGAUCUCACCAGGGCCCAGUCAUAUAUGCGCAGUUAGACCACUCUGGCGGACAUCACAGUGACAAGAUUAACAAGUCAGAGUCUGUGGUGUAUGCGGACAUCCGGAAAAAUUGAGAGAAGACCCAGAACGUGUCCUAAGCAAGAAGCAGAUCCAAACUGGACUCUUACGCAGCAAGUGUAGCCCGUGACCACGUGUGGCCUUGGAGACCUGGGCAAGGACGAGCACACGUGUAUUCACGGAGGGAGGAAAAGACGUGUAUAGACGAUAUGCGUGACUAUUCUAUUUAAUCCGAUGUGGGGAGCCAGUGUUGCAUGAUGAAAAGAUGCUAUGACUCUACGUGUAUAUAAA